AUGGGCGUAGAAGAUGAAGAUAACUCGGAUGACGACGACGAUUUCUUCGUGGACUUGCCGGUAGUGGCGCGCAAGUACAAGUCAACACCGUUCCAGUUGGAUGCCGUCCCUCAGGUUACUCCGGGAGAAAACAGUGACCAGGAAUUUAUGGACGCCAAGAAGGCUGUUAACACCAAUUCGGACACCGACACAAGCACCGAUAUGGACGUCGAUGAUGAAAAUAAGACGAGUGAGACUUCAAGCAAGGCGAACUCCUCCAAGAAGACGAGUAGGACUGGAGAUGGCAUUGCGAAACGACGCAACAAGAACAAGAAUCCCGACAAGCAGCUUCGCAAACACUCGAACAAUGUCACCCCCACUGCCGAGAGAAUGGUGGCACCCAAGAAAAACGCAGACGGCCACACCUCAUCAUAUUCAUUCAGCAGCUCAUCGGUAGUGGAUGACCAAGGCCGUCGAGUCACGACCGACCGCCGUCGCUAUGAAGACUCAACUGGCCGACUGAAAGCCGCGCAAGAACGGGAGAUCGACGGUAAGAAGAUGCGCACGACUUGGAGCCGCCAGAAUAAGGAGGACGAGGGUCAGCAUGAAUCGAUCUGCUCAAGUGGCAGUCCAGAGGAGUUUGAGGCACUACGGCAGCAGACUCCAUUUGAUGAGGCACAGAAGAUGAAGGUGAAAGGGCAAUUGCAGUCCGAGUCGGAUGUUGAAGAGAGAGGUGACGUUAACGACAGCAGCACUGGAGCAUGCCACAAUGGAGGAAGCACUGAUGGAGAAGCCGAAAUCAUCAACAGAGAAGAGUGA